AUGACCAAAAUUAUUGGCACCCAUAACGGACACUUUCACUGCGAUGAGGCCCUUGCAGUCCAUAUGCUCCGCCAGACCAAGGAGUUUAAAGACGCAGACCUUGUGCGCACGCGCGACUCGACCAAGUUGGCAACAUGCGACAUUGUGGUGGAUGUAGGGGGUGUGUACGAUCCUGCGACCCAUCGUUAUGAUCAUCACCAGCGUGGCUUCACCGAGGUCUUUGGCGGAAAGUUUGAUACCAAGCUCAGCAGUGCCGGUCUUGUCUACAAGCAUUUUGGAAAGGAGAUUAUUGCUUCGAUCCUUAACCUUGAAGAAUCCGACAGCAAGGUUGAAUUGCUGUACAACAAAGUCUACGAAAACUUUGUCGAAGCCCUCGACGGCGGCGAUAACGGGAUCUCGCAGUACCCCGCAGACAUCAAACCCAAGUACCGUGUCGGCACUGCUCUCCCUCAACGCGUUGCGGGUCUCAACCCCUGGUGGAACCAAAAGGAUGUCGAUAUUGACGCUCAGUUCCUGAAGGCCGUCAGCAUGACCGGCCAGGAUUUCAUAGACGCAGUUCGUUAUUUGGGCCUGUCCUGGUUACCCGCACGCGAUCUGGUCGUCAAGGCGUUGGAUCAGCGGAUGGAUAUUCACCCUUCAGGAAAGAUUCUGGUGUUCGAGCAGUCUUGCCCCUGGAAGGAACAUUUGUUUAACCUGGAGAAGGAACUGUGUGUGGCAGAAAAGGCGAUCUAUGUGUUGUACCCGGACGACAAUGGACAGUGGCGGGUUCAGUGUGUGCCACCCUCGCCAGAGAGUUUCGAGUGCCGAAAGGCGUUGCCGCAGGAGUGGAGAGGGUACAGAGAUGAGGAAUUGAGUCAACGAAGUGGGAUUCCAAAUUCGGUCUUUGUCCAUAUGGGUGGGUUCAUUGGUGGAAACAAGACUAAAGAGGGGGCCUUGGACAUGGCCGUCAAGGCCUUGGAGUUGUAA